UAGCAGCAGGUCGUGACAAAGCUCCAGAACCUGCAGGUUCCAGUUGGGAUGGAAGCUUUUAUUGUGGCGGGGUUUUCCUGGUCAGAACAUAGAGACUCACACUUUUUUAUUGUUUACCUGCAGAUAAACUGAUCUGUCAUCUGAUUGGUUGUCUGCAUCAGAUUACAUCAUGCACGACCCUCCAGAGAUGGACACAGUUUCCGUGGCGAUCAACGGGAGCGUGGUGACGGCGUGCGAGCCCCCGUACGACGCCGGGCGCCUGCCUCUGGUGCUCCUGUACAGCGGCGUGCUUGUCGUCGGACUCCCCUCGAACCUGCUGACCCUUGGGCUCACGUGGCAGCAGCUGAGCAGGGGCAGUGUUCUGGGUAUUUACCUGUGGAGCCUGUCGCUGUGCGACCUCACCUACCUGCUCACGCUGCCUCUGUGGGCGUCGUACGUGAGCCGAGGUCAUGUGUGGCCAUGGAGCUCGGCCGCCUGUAAGGUAACGGGCUACAUCUUCUUCAACAACAUGUACGUCAGCAUCUUCCUGCUCUGCUGCGUCUCCUGCGACCGCUACGUGGCCGUGGUCUACAGCCUGGAGUCCCGAGGACUGAGGAGGCAGCGCCUCGCCGUCCUCAUCGCCCUCGCCAUCGUCCUGCUGGUCGCCGUCGGUCACCUCCCCGUCUUCACCAUGAGCGAGGGCGACGCCGCCGAGAGAGACCGACGCUGCUUCGAGCCCAGUCAGAGCAGUUCCAAGGUGGCGGCCUUCAACUGCGCUCGCUUCAUGGUCGGCUUCCUGAUCCCGCUGCUGCUGCUGGUCGUGACCAACCGCGGCAUCUUGGCCAACGUGCAGCGCAGCACGGGGCUGCAGCGGGAGCAGAAGGAACGUGUCCGCUGGCUGGCGGUGGCAGUGGUGGUCCUGUUCCUGGUGUGCUUCGCACCGUACCAUCUGAUCCUGCUGGUCCGGGCCGUCAUGUUCCACCUCACUGGGCCGAAUGCUGCCUCCUGUCUGCUGGAGGAGACCAUGUACACUCCGUACACCGUCUCCCUCGGACUGUCCACCCUCAACAGCGCCGUCAACCCGAUCCUCUACGUCCUGUCCAGUGACAACAUCCGCAAAGAGCUGAACCGAGGCCUCGCGCAGGUCUGUGGCCGAGCCCGGACCAGACCACGAUCCCACAGCAGCCAGAAUGAGACCCGGCCCAACAAAACAUCUUCAGACCCCAAGACCCUGUCAGACCUGAACGCAGCGACCGAGGAGCAACGAGGAGGAAAACCUCCGUGUUCCUGAUGGACCACCAGAUACUUCUGGUCCCGGCUCAUAAUGGACUCUAGUGGAUCAAAGGUCUCUGCUGGACUCUUCUCUUGUGAACGUGUCUCCAGGGUUCAUCCUCCGGAGAAAAGGAACCAGGGCCUUGUCAUCAUAACAGACCAUAAUCACACGAGUCACAAGCCCCCGACAGCUCGUCAGGGUAGAUCAACAUGGUAACAGAUGCUUCACACAUUUUUUCACAAUCUGCAGACAGUCAUGUUAGGGUUACCAUGAUUACCAAACCCUAACCCACCGUUUCCAUGGAGAUUUGUAUUUAAAUAAAGUCGGAGUUGCAGCCGAGUCAAUUUUUUACAUGCACCCACGCACACCACCCUCU